GCUGUUACUAGUCGAGUCCCGCCGAUACUGUCGCGACGUGCGUGUGCGACUUGAAAGCAACCGCGAGUAAAGUUUCAUACGCGCCGGAAAAUAUUAUUACGCACUGAACAAAAAAAAAAACGACACAACGCAUCAACAAAGAAGUGAGAAAUAGCCGGGAACUAAUAUGGUACUUUGGGGUUUAGUGCGUGCAGUGUGCGGCAAUGUGGGCGGAAGGUGUAACCUGACUUGAGUGACUUAAGUCAAUGUGACAGUCUAUAAAUAUCUUGUUGAUUUUAUCGCGGUUUGAAUUUUACGCUAAUUGGCGUGAAAUUGUUUUAUAAAGCGGAAAAUUGUACUUAUCACAACGUAAAAUACCCUUUUAAAUGUUUAAGUGAGGUUAUGAAAUGACUUAAGUAUAUUUAUAGAGUUGUUUUGUUUGGUUUCUUUCGAAAUUAAACAAUCAACACGUCAACGAGUAAUAAAAUAUCGUCCAAAUUAAAAUUUCGAAGUGAUGAAACCGCGAAACUAAUUUGAAAAGUUUGUAACCACAAUAAAUUCAGGUUUUUCUAGGUUUUAAUUUAGUUACUACAGUUGUGAGUUCAUAACGUCUAGCGGAAAUAGACGCACUAUUUCGAGUUGUUGAGUAUUCUCUAUUUGGUCGACGCACCGAUUUUAUAUUUAUUGAUCUAUAAUGAAGCGGGUGAUAGACUAAGACGCGCGUGUGAGUGCGCGUAAAAAUAAACGUUUCGUGAAAAGAUAAACUACGAGGAAUACUGGUGGUUUAACUGUCUGUCGCCGGCGCAGACGACGGAAAGACGCGCUUCCGAUGUGCUUGAAAAUAGAAACAUUCUUAAAGCGGCAACACAAUGACGCGAGUGGAUAACGAACGGUGUGGCAGCGGGGCGUGAUCGGAAACGGCGCCAUGUUUGGUUCGUUUAAGCUACCGCACCUGCGCAGGAAGGAAGAGGGCGGAGCACAGUAUGACAACCGAUUGCCAAAGACACCCACAGAGUCACCGAAAAACAAACGGCAUCAAUCAACUAAAAAACGAAACUCGGAAUCGGAAACGUGUCCGAGCAUUGCUUCGCUUCGACCUGGUUCCGUGGCACUUGCCAGUGAUCAGCUGGCUCCUGGUGAUCGCAUCCACAGUGUUAAUGGAAUAAGUACUUCGCGCAUGCGCCCUGACGAAGUGACUAAUCUAUUAGAGCAUGUUGAUGGCAAUGCUUUGCUUGAGAUUGAGUAUUGUCUACCCAGCUAUGCAUCACAGAGCUCGUUAUGUGUCUCUUCAAAAGUCACAGAAGUUCAAGUGGAACGCAUUGAUGGUUCCUUGGGUAUCACUCUCCGAGGGGGUUUUGUUCCUGAUCAUCCCCAUUUGAGUAGACCUUUGGUCAUAACCCAAGUACGACCUAAUGGCCCUGCAUAUUCAACUGGUUUGAUUCGAGUUGGGGACCGUCUUCUAAAAGUGGACAACUAUAACCUAACCAAUAAAACCCUAAUGGAAGCCCAGAAGAUCCUAAAAGAGAGUAGUAUCCUCCCAGUAUCUACUUUAACCAUAGAAUAUGAUGUCAGUAUCAUGGAGUCUGUAAAAUACGCAACCGGGCCAUUACUGGUUGAAAUUGAUAGAAACCCCAAUGAAGAUCUGGGUCUCCUGCUAAGUAACUGCUCCUGUGACUUUGCGAAUAGUGAUGAGAUUACCGCUGCCGGUGUAUACAUCGAACACAUCAUUCCAGCUAGUACUGCAGAUAGAUGUGGAGCUUUGGGAGUCGGGGACCAACUACUUGCUAUCGAUGAUGUUUGUUUAGAUGAAUGGCGAGGGGACCUGCAAGAUGCUACUUGUUUACUAAAAACAGCUACCAAGAUACAAAUCAUGCCAUUACAUGCACUCCAAAGAAGUUUUGCAAGAGGAUAUGGUCUAGGUCCAUACGGGAACAGUCCUACUGUAAGCGGAAGUGGUUUUAGUACUCUAAACUCCAAAAGGUCUCGUGCUCCACGUAACAAUAGAAACAAUCGACAUAGUUCCAUAUCGAAAAGUGUUGAUGAUUCAGCAAGUACAUAUUGUGGGUAUACCACGAGUCUGGGCGUGUGUCAUUCAGAGACUUUAAGCGUGACGUUGAUUGCGGAAAGAGGCAAGGGUUAUGGGCUGAGCGUGGCAGUCACUGAACACGACGAGACACAUCCGGCCGACAUUGUCGUCUCACGCAUUGCCAACGACAGUCCGGCAUUUAGGUGCGGAUGCCUUCAGAACGGCGACCGUAUCGUCUCCGUAAAUCAUCGCUCGAAUCUCACACUGCAAGAGGUGAACGCCAUCUUGGAAAUGGGCUGCGAGCCAGCUUUAAGUUGCAACGCUAGCAGCAUUAGUAGUGGUAGCAGUACAAGCCAUACCACCCACUCUGGAACCGGUGGAAAAAUCACUCUUCAGAUUGAAUUUGAUGUUGCGGAUACAAUUGUACCAUCAAGUGGUAUCUUCACUGUAAAGUUAGCACGUCGUGGUGCUGGUCUUGGUAUUACCAUAACAGCAAGCAAAUCACAUCCGGAAGAUCCGUUUACUGUUUCUGAGAUUCGUAGAGGUUCAGUUGCUCAUCGUACGGGUACCCUGCAUGCUGGUGAUCGUCUUCUUGCGAUUGAUAAUCGUCCAUUGGAUCAUCUCACUGUUGAAACGGCUUUUGACAUUUUACAAAGCUCAUCCAAUGAAAUAGUCACCCUGAAAGUAGAAAAAACUGAAAGAGCUAAUGUUUUCCACGACAGUGUAGUUUACACUGUUGAAUUAUUAAGACAUGGUGGUCCUUUGGGUAUUACCAUUGCUGGUAGUGAAGACUGCCUAGAAGCUAUCGUACUUUCUAAGCUAACUGAAGGCGGUCUUGCGGAAAAAACCGGUGCGCUUCAUGUAGGUGACCGUUUGAUUGCCAUCAAUGGUGAACCAUUGGAACAGAAACCUUUAUCAGAAGCAAUCAGACUCCUGCAGACUUCAGGUGAUCGUGUACAACUAAAAAUUGCACGUAAUCUGAAACCAGCGUCACCAGAAGAAGCAAGAUGUAACUAUUCCAGUCCAGGAUUGACCAGCAUUGAUAGCGCAGUUCAUUCCUGGGAUAGCAACCCACCGGAAAGCGCAGAAUCCAUUUUUGAUCCACAGAUGCCCAAAGAUUUCGAGAGCGUCCUCAGUGAACCAUUAUCAUAUCAAGAACCUUCAUUAUCAGGAUAUCCAGAACGUCAAGAGAUAACUCAAUGUCAACCAAUGAGAGAAUCUGUAGGAAGUAUAGGUUAUGGUGACCUCGGACAUUUGAACUUAAACCUGACGAGGAAACAUGAUUCCCAAUUGCAGUUUUAUUCUGAUGCAGAAGAUAUAUUUUGUCCCAGUCCACUACCACUGCCGAAUUUCAACUUAGGGUUAAAAUAUGACCAAUACAGCCAGUAUGGACAAUCUAGAAGUAAUUUUAUCGAGAGUUUUCCGAAUGAGAACACCAUGGACAACGAAAUAUACCAUGUAACGCUUUAUAAAGAUUCAGUUUAUGAUGACUAUGGGUUUAGUGUCAGCGAUGGACUCUAUGAGAAAGGCGUGUACAUUAAUAGAAUUCGAAAAGGUGGUCCUGCCGAUAUCGUGGGAAUGCUAAGGCCAUACGAUAGAAUUAUCCAAGUUAAUGACACCAAAACACAAGAUUUUGAUUGUUGCCUGACGGUGCCAUUGAUCGCCUCGGCGGGUGAUCGAAUCGACCUCGUGAUUGCGAGAAACCCUUUUAUGAUUAUGCACCCUGGUGUGGACGCCCUUAGUCGGAAAUCGUUCUCGGCGAGCAACAACACCAUCAUCAAAACGCUCUAAAGCAACCGUCCAAAAAUGCAUCACUGCCCAAUCAUUAUAUUAUACACGAAUACAUCAGUUUUUUUUUUUUUCCAAGCUGUACUCUAUUUUAUUAUAUUAUUAUUAAUAUCGCUAAUGGAGACGUCUUGACGUAUGCAAUGAGUUUCAACAACACUUGUUUCGAUGGCAGUGCAUCGACGUGCGGUGCUCUCGCCACAACCUUUUUAUUUCACUUGCGGGACCAGUGUCCAGGGCGUCAGGUCGCAGUACCUUAGACGAAAUAACAAACAGUAGAAAGCCAUGACACGUCAAGUAUGACGUAGGAGAAAUUUUUCGGCAAACGGAAUUCGACAAUAAAUUCAAAAUUCAUAGCGAAA